AUGCGGCCUUCUCGCAACUUCGCUUUGCUUCUCGCACUCGCGUUACCCACUGCUUCUCAGCAGAUCUGGGACAUCUGGCAAACGACCUGGGAUCGAUCGCGUCUCUUCACUCGCCUCCCGAUGUCGUCUCCAAUAAACUUCGUCACCCCAGGUCCCAUCGGAAGCGCGGACAUCGUCGUCAACGAAGCGUCGAGGUUUCAGAUUAUCUCUGGCUUCGGGGCCUCUCUGACCGAUUCCUCCGCGCUGGUUCUUAAUAACCUCAAGGCCAGAAACUCGAACAACUACUGGAACCUCAUUCGCUCCAUGUUCGACCCGACUGACAAUGCCAACGCCGCCGGUCUAAACUACAUACGCCUCCCGAUCGGCGCCUCCGACUUCUCGGCCAACGCGUAUAGCUUGGACGACACGAGCGGCGACACGAGCUUCUCCAACUUCAACAUCAACCGUAUCCCUUCUUACGUCUUUUCAGUCCUCCGAGACAUCCAGUCGGUCAACAACCUGCUAAAGUUCCAUCUCGUUCCUUGGUCUCCGCCCGGAUGGAUGAAGGACAGCAACUCGAUGAACGGCGGCUCCCUUCGCUCCCAGUACGUCAGCUCUUACGCCACCUACCUCCUCAAAUCCGUGCAAGGCUUCCAAUCCCUCGGCUUCCCAAUCUACGCUAUCAACAUCCAGAACGAGCCGCAGCACAGCAACCCGACGUACCCAACUUGCACGAUGACAUCGGCCGUCGAGGCGCAGAUCGGGGUAGCGCUAAGGGGCUUGUUGACUGCGAAUGGGCUGGGAGGAGUGAGGGUCGUUGGAUAUGAUCAUAACUGGGACAAUGCAGGAACAUAUGCCAUCCAGCUCAUGGCGAAUUCCGGAAACGCCUUCGCCGGGGUGGCCUUCCAUUGCUACGGUGGUUCGGUUUCUAAUCAGAAUACGUUUCAUAACGCCUAUCCUAGCAAGGAGAUAUAUUUCACCGAGUGCACUGGAACGUUGGGGUCGGAUUGGUGGAGCGAUAUUAAGUGGUACAUGGAUAAUCUCUGGAUUGGCAGCAUCGAACGGUUCUCCAAAUCCGGGCUCAUGUGGAAUCUCGCCUCUGACCCUUCCGGUGGUCCCAAACUUCCCGGGACGAGCAGUUGUGGCGGACCGGGAUGCCGUGCUCUCGUUACAGUGAACAGCGACGGGAGUUACUCAUUCAACCAAGAAUUUUACUCGAUGGCGCAGGCCUCGAAAGGAACGAUCCCCAAAGACGCCGGCGGACCUUUCGCUCAGCGCAUUGGCGUCUCGGUGGGCGGAUCGCUUGGGUGGGCGCUCCGCGUCAGCGCGUUCGUCACUGGCCGAGCCAACUCUGCGGAUUGGCUGAGGUACUCGAUUGUGGUUCUGAAUUGGUACGAUAAUGCCUCAUCAAGCUGGAAUCCUACUCCUGUUACCGCGACGAUCGCAUUCAGAGGGAUGCAGGCUACGUAUACGUUCCCAGUGGGCGUUACGACUCUAUGGUGGUUUGCACCAGCCACAGGAAGUUCCAGAAUAACCCCUACGAACUCGACCGUAACGACAGAUCCAGUCAACGUUACGGUUCAUUCGUCAGCCGAUGUUCAGUCUUCCACUGCGCCAGCGGCCUUUACGAGUUCGGCUGGUGGCCAGGUCGCUACAUCCCUCCCCAUUCUUAUCAAUACGACUAGUCAUACGUCUUGA